AUGCUGAAUCGCAAAUCGAUUGUUAUGGAAGACGACGAGGAGAAGGUUAGUGAUAAAAAAGAAUCAGGUGGCGUACAGCGAUCAAAAUCUGGUACACUAUUGGCCGUGCCAAAGCAAUACGAAAGUGCCAUUAAACGUUCAGAAGUUUUGGAAAAAGAACGAACUGUUGCAGCAUAUUUUUCGGGCAAUAAAUCACCGCAAGGUUUACAGCGUUCAUCAUCACAACACAGUGUACAAUCGUUGACGUCGGUGCGAACAGCUGAAGAGCAAAAAUCAAAUACCGUUUCACCCAUGGAAACGAACAAAGAUUCAAAAUUAACGGAAUUACGAGAAACAAGCAGUCGAACCACAACAACAACCACAAAAUCGGCGCAUCAUUUGAAAAUUUUGCGCAAACAACAGAAAUCAACGUCACCAAAUCCAUUGGCCAAAAGUCAAACACUACCAAAUGUUAAUCUAUUAGACGAAAACAAUGUGGACGAUGCGUUCGAUGAUUUAUUUGCUGAAUUUACUUCGUCCAAGUAAUUUAUGGAGCGUUGGACUAUUUUUUUGACCAAGUCACAACUAUUUCAAAAAGCUAUUCGUUCUCAAGGAGAGUGUCUUGAUAGGAAAAACAAAAUAUUGUGAUCAAUGAGAACGAAUGACUUACUUUGGUAAUCUGUUUGCUCGAACGCACUAGUGUAAGGAACGCAUUUUAGUCCGUGCCCGUGGAAGCAGCAUAAUAUAUUGGAAUAUAUUUCAAGGCGAUCUUUUGUUUUAUGUUCGAUGCAUAUAACAUUAUUCAAACAUAUACAAAAACAACAAAAUUGACUAACGCUACGACAAAAAAAAGUGAUCAAAAAACAUUUUUUUUUG